CGACAACGCGGAAGAAAAACAUAGCCAUAGAGGACUUCAGGAGUCGGAUAAAUGGACAUAAUUGUAGCCUUCUGAUUAUCCGUGUCGCUAUUCUAGAAGAAGGAAAAGAUACAUUUUUCACUGGUUAUCUUCUCUCUUUGCUUCUCGUUUCUCCAUGGAGAUAUCAUCAGUGGCGAUUCAGAGAUGUCUUCAGGAACAGCAAGCAUACCGUACAUUUAAAGUUAUACAAUCAUGAAGGAAUUUUGUUGAAUUUAUAGGGGAAAUUAGGUCCCCUUAAGGUUUCAUCUCCUGAUGUUGACCUUCUGUUUAAUAUUCAGGGCAAGCCCCAUUCUUUAGUGUAAGUUUUUGGACUCUCAGUUUUCUACAGUAUAGAUCUUGGAAAUCCCAUCAAUGGCUCCUGCGGCACACAUCCAGACUCUCAGCCUCGCGCUCAUAUCGCUGAGCUUCUUAAAGCUUGCAAUGGCGGAUCCAAGAACUAGUCUUGUCGCACAGUAUUGCAAUAACACUUUAGCCGCCAAUGGUGCUAUUCUUGCAGACAAUUUUGUUCCUUCAAUGGAUAAUCUAAGCAGUCAUGUUAAUGCGAAUGGAUAUGGAACAAGCAUCACUGGGGUGGACCCUAAUGCAGUUUGUGCUCUUGCUCAGUGUUAUGGAGACCUUAAUUCAAUAGAUUGUAAGCUGUGCUUCUCGGAGAUUAGAUCUCAGCUGCCUAAAUGUUAUCCAAAUACUGGUGGCACACUCUUCCUUGAUGGGUGUUUUGGGAGAUAUGAAAAUUACACCUUUUUUAAUGAGAUAUUUUCGCGAAAUGAUACAGCAAUAUGUUCUUUUAGUAAUAAUAAUUCAAAUCCAAUCAUUUUUGGUCAAGCGGUGAAGGAGGCUGUCGGCAAUGUGUCUUUGAAAGCACAAAAUAGUCAUGGAUUUGCUGUUGGUUCGGCAUCGAAUUUGAACUCAACCGUUUAUGUUCUCGCUCAAUGCUGGGAGAACUUGAAUAGUGCCCUUUGUAGCUCGUGUUUAGAUGCCGCUUCUUCGGCAAUUUUGUCAUGUUCUCCGGCUACAGAAGGACGAGCACUCUAUGCUGGUUGUUUUAUGAGAUACUCAACAAGACUUUUUUGGAAUGUAAAUGAAACCUCUUCGAGUUCUAGCGGGAAAAGUAAAGCUAUAUGGAUAGUAGUCGGUUUAUUGCUUGGAGCCAUCUUCUUAAUACUUGUAGGUCUCUUGAUUGCUAAAAAAAGAGGUUUAUGGGGCAGAAAAAAGAGUGCUUCCUUAAAAGACUUGUACGGGCAAGAAAUGGCGGCAGUUAUUUUGCAAUCAAAUCUAAAUUUCAAAUAUGAAGACUUGAGAAAAGCUACAAAUAACUUUAGGUUGUCAAACAAACUUGGUCAAGGCAGCUAUGGGACUGUAUACAAGGGAGUUCUUUCCGACGGAAAAGAAGUUGCUGUGAAACAGCUGUUUCUUAAUACAAGACAAUGGAUCGAUCAAUUUUUUAAUGAAGUUGAUUUGGUGAACCAAGUUCGACACAAGAAUCUGGUGAGGCUGCUGGGCUGCAGUUUAGAUGGCUCUGAGAGCUUGCUUGUUUAUGAGUACUACAGCAACAGGAGUCUAGAUCUGUUUAUAUUUGAUGAGAGUCGUGAUAAACAUUUGGACUGGCAGCAGAGAUUCGAUAUCAUUCAAGGGGUUGCAGAAGGUCUAUCUUACCUCCAUGAUGAGUCCGACACGAAGAUUAUUCAUCGAGACAUAAAGGCCAGUAAUAUUCUGUUGGAUGACAAGCUUAAACCCAAAAUUACAGAUUUUGGCCUCGCGAGAUCCUUCGCUCAGGAUCAAACUCACCUUACCACUGGGAUCGCGGGAACAUUGGGUUAUCUUGCUCCAGAGUAUAUUGUACAUGGGCAUCUCACUGAGAAGGCAGAUGUUUACAGCUUCGGUGUUUUAGUUCUCGAAAUUGUGACCGGAAAACGAUGCAGUAGUCCAGUUGGUUCUCAUGCAGAGCAUUCACUUCUAGCAAAGGUAUGGAACCAUUACAAGAUGAACACAUUGGACAACGUCAUCGACAACAGAAUCUACAACAAGAAUGUGAGCGACGAUGUAAUCCAAGUGAUUUUGAUAGGUCUUCAAUGCACCCAAGCGGACCCGCAUAGCCGGCCGACCAUGUCGAGGGUGGUGGAGAUGUUGAGGAGCAACAGAGGGGAGGCCGAAGAGCUCGUGCUGAGCGAUCCCCCCUUCUUAGAUGUGUCUCCCAUGGAGGCUCUUGAAGGAGAGAGCUCGAGGCUGAUAUCGGCAGAUAUGUCUGUCUCCAGGCUUAGUGCAAGAUGAUGUUUUUUAAAUGAUGGUGCAAUAAAUCUAUUAUGAUGGGGUGCGUAUUGUUAUGUGUUUUCAAUAGGCAUGAGGUGUAGUUUAUUUUUAUUUAUAUACUUGUUAAGGGGGGUCUUUAGAAGAUAGAGAGGAUAUUUCAUUAGUUUUUAUGUUUUGUUAUUAUUGUUAUUGUAGUUUUGCAACUGCUACGUGGAUUUAAUUCCGCUUUCUAAUUUAAAGAGCAA